AUGCCAUCCCUGCACCUGCCCUCCGCGCUGGCCCUGGCCUUCCUCGUCACCGCCCUCCUGGCCCCCCGCGGCGCCCUGGCUGCCAGUUUCCGUGUCGAGACGAACGCCCUGCGCAUCAAGGAGCCGGCCAGCUACGCCGGAAGCUACGACUCCGCCAUUGGCGACUUCGGGGUCCCCCUCUACGGUGGCACCCUCCAAGGUCGGAUCGGGCACCUGGCCGCCAACCCCAAGGGCUGCUCCAACUUCACGGGGUCCCUGCCUGAGGGCGUGGAGAUCCUACUGGCCAUCCGCGGCGACUGCUUCUUCGUGGAGAAGGCCUACCAUGCCCAGCUGGCUGGCGCCAAGGCCGUCAUCGUGGCCGACAACAUCCAGGAGCACCUGCUGACCAUGGCCAUCCCGGAGGACCGCCCGGACAUUGCAGCCCUGGUGCCAAAGAUCGCCAUCCCGGUGGCCCUGGUGCAGAAGGACGCCGGUGACCGGAUCCAGAGCGCCCUGGCCGCCGACCAGGGCGCGGUGAUCGUGGAGUUUGACUGGAAGGAGUCGAUUGUGCACCCCGACAACCGCGUGGAGUGGGAGCUGUGGUUCAGCACCAACACCGCCUGCGGGCAGGCCUGCUCCGCCACCUCCUCCUUCCUGGCCCAGUUCAAGGACAGCGCGGUGAGCCUGGAGCAGGAGGGCUUCACCGCCUUUACCCCCCACGUCAUGCUGGGGUCCUGCAGCGUCUGGACCUCGGAGGAGCUGUGCCACCGCAACUGCAUCCGCGGCGGCAAGUACUGCUCCACCACCGCCUCGUCCACGGGCGCGGCGGGGGAGCUCACCGGGCGUGCCGACCUGCGGCACCUCUGCGUGCACAAGGUGCUGAAUGAGACGAAGAAGGCGUGGCAGUGGUGGGAGUACGCCGCGCGCUUCGCGGCGCACUGCCGCCCCGAGGCCGGCCAGUUCACCACCGCCUGCUCCGAGCAGCAGCUGCGCGACCUGGGCGUGGACACCAACGCCGUGGGCGGAUGUGUGGGGUCGCUGGACUCGGGCGAGGCGCACCCGCUGCUGGACGCGCAGGUGCGCGCGCAGAACGAGCGCGGUCCCAUGGGCCGUGUCAUCAUGCUGCCCACGCUGGUGGUGAACACCAACCAGUACCGCGGGCGGCUGAACAACGCCGGCGUGCUGCGCGCGCUGUGCGCUGGGUUCGCCGAGGGCACCGAGCCGCCCGCGUGCCUGAACCCGGGGGUCAACGUGGAUGAGUGCACGCAGGGCGUGGACACCUGCUGGAAGGAGAAUGGCUUCAGCGCCUGCGUCGACACCUUCCGGGGCUACGUCUGCCACUGCCCGGAAGGCUGGAUUGGGGACGGGUACCACUGCACCGACAUAGACGAGUGCGCGACAGAGCUGCACAACUGCGAGCAGGUCUGCAUCAACACGCCUGGGAGCUUCCGCUGCGAGUGUAACAAGGGCUACAAGCUGCUGGGAGGCAGUCCCGGGGUGCCUGGCGUCUGCAUCCCCAUCCCUGGCGCGACAGGGUUGCCGGUGUGGCUGAUCCUGGUGCUCACUGCAGCUGCGGUUGUGUCGACUUCUGUGGCGGGCAUCACUGUGUAUCGCUGGAGAACACAGCACGCCAUGCAGGAUGAGAUCCGCGCGAUCAUGUGA